AUGAUAGAAUCAGAUAAGGGGAGAUCUGGUUCUAAUUCUAGUUUCAUUGCUACAGCAAGCUGGACGAGUGAAACAACACAAGAGGAAAAUGGGCAAAUCUACUAUGUUUAUUACUAUGAAAAAGACCCUCAAUCAAUAAUAAUGUAUCAUCUGGAAUCAAUAUUAAGUUGGCGCAUUGCAGAGCUUGGUUCUAAACAAGUGCAACUAGCUAUAAAUUAGAAAAAUGGAUAAUCUGCUGAAGAAUAUAAUCAAUUAGUGAAGCAUGAAAAAACUGGUAGUCUUAGCUAGGACAAUGAUAAAAUUGAAUGGAAAAGAAGAUUCAAAAAGUGA